CGAGCCAGCGACAGUCGACCGGCGAUCAACAUCGUCGCCGUUGUCUAAACAUUUACAUUAACAAAUUACAAACAAUAAUUGAACAGUGAUAAGUGUUGGUGAUUCAAAUUCAAUAAUAGUAAUAAUAAAAUAAUAAUUAUAAUAAAAGUAAAGAAAUAGAACAUUAAUUGAAGUCCUCGAAGGAAUAAUGAUCAAACAAAUUCGUUGUCUUUAUUGUGAUAAAUGAAUCAUGAUUGCAUCGUUAUAGUUUGUUAUCAGGGUGACCUCGCAAACAUUGAUCUUACAUCGGUGUUUUUUUUUUCUAUUCCUUUUGAAUAUAGCUUUUAGUUUUUGGUUUGAAUAAUAGGAACCUUUAUUCGAAUAAAUACAACGUUUCCGGUGUUAAUGUGACAAUUUAAUAUUCAAGUACUUAGCAGUUGGAACAGGUAUACUUUAAAGUUUAAAUAUAAUUGUUAGAGAAUAAAAAAUGAGAUACUGGUACUGAGAGUAGAAGAGAAUGAGAUCCCAGUGGCAGUGUGCUGGCAGUUGCGGUCGCGAUGGUGACAGCUGAUGAUACGGAUCUAAGGCCAACGGAAUUGUGUUAAUACUUUUUAUAAGUUGGAGUUAAGAUUGAGUGAUUAAUCAAUAAUAUUUAUAUUAUUGAUAUUAAUAAUAAUAAUAAUAAUAGUGUGAUAAUAAUGAUGGAUACGUCGAGACGGUCAAGUAUUUCCACUCAUGAAUACCCAGAAGAUUUGAACCCAUUUAAAGAUGAGACCGAAGACUCCGAGGAUCAAGUUAUUUUGAGACGUCCGCUUCCACGUGUAUCUAAAAUUAAUAAUAAUAAUAAUAUUAAUAGUAAUAAUAGUAAUGGUAAUAGUCAUAAUCAUAAUAAUAAUACUAAUAAUAAUAGUCUAUCGAAAGAUAAAGAUAAAGAUACCAAGAACAAAUUUUGGACGUUUGGCAGGAGCAGAAAAAAAAGAUCCAACAGUUUUUCUAUUAAAUCUACUUGGAAUGGAAUUUUUGGAAAACGAAAAGAAGAAGAAAAAAAACCGACUAUUUCUACCGUUUCUUCAACAUACAAAAGAACAACGUACAACAAUUAUCCUACAGAAACACCGGCGACACGAUUGUCGAAAGACCAGCAGGAAUUCGAUGAAGCACUUGGCACACUAACGAGACGACGUAAAAACACUUUGGACUACCCGUCGACGACUUCUUCCCGAUACGGGUCUAGUUUGACAGUUAAUGGGGAUCCUGGAAGAAUUUACGACGGAUGUCCGCCUCAGGAGACCACGACCUCCAUUAUGGGAGAACUUACGCCCAAACCUCCAGCUAGAAGAUUUGGUCAAGUUACCGCAAAACGUGAUAUUCCUCCGCUGCAAUACAGUCAGGAAAAUAAAACGCCUAUACCCCCAAGGCGAGGUGGAGUAAGAUCAUCACAGAGAUUAAAUGUACCAAAUGACCAUCAAAUUAACAGCAGUAAUAAUAGCAUAAAAUCAACAGUAGCAGAUGAGAACGAAAACAUGCCGGAGGAUUACGUGUUCAAAAGGGUUAAUCAUGGCUCUAUGGCUGGUGUACGAAAGUCUAAUUUAUCAAUUAACAGCUGCGUGUCUAUGACAAGUGUUUACGCUUCUGGGAGAAAAAAAAGACGAGCACCCCCACCGCCAAGUCCGCGUGACGUUAAACCCCAACUAAAAGAUUCCGAUGAAAUAAGUGAAGAAAUAAGUAAAAUAGCGAAGAAUAUAGAAAAUCUAAAGGUCGAAUCGACGGAAAAAUUAACCGAAUCGAAUACUAAUGAUUCUGAUGGUAAUUAUUCCGAGGGUCAAGAGGUCAAAGUCGAAAUAAAAAAACAAGAAGAAACUCGCUGUGAAAUAAUAAAAGAUGUUGAAAUUGUGGAAGACAAAACGCUGCUUAGGAAGAAAUCAAAGGAAAGUAUUGGAAGCGACAGCAGUUUUUCAGUGAAAGACGAAAUUGAAAAAAUAGAACGUCAGAUAAAAUUAUUGGAGGCUACUAAAGCUAUUAAUAACGACGAGAAAGCGGCCUUGAGGACUCGGACGUACUCGUUGACCGAUGAAGACAAUUAUGAUACACCAGGCAGGCGGCUGAUACGCGGCAGCAGUUCUCGAAGAAGUUUGCAAGAAAAUCGCAGAAAUUUCUUCAAAGAGUUGACUUCACGCUCUAGUAAUAAUGUGAAUAUUAACAAUAAUAUUAAUCAUAACAAUGAUAGGGUCAAAGUUGAGAUUAAAGAGCUGCCGCGUCAGCAGAAUGACAUUAAGAUUGUCCAUCUUACAGAUGAAGUAGAGCAUCAUGAUAAUGGAGAAGAAACUGCCGAUAAUUCAGCGGUCAAAGUUAUCGAGCUUAGAAUUUCCGAACCUUUAAAAGUUAAAUCUGACUUUAAUUUUGAGAUUAACCCAAUUCCGAAACCCGUCAGGCAUAAUAGUAAUUGCAGUUUGGAUAAAAUGUCGACGGUUAAUAUUAAUAAUAAUAAUAACAAUAAUGUUGAUAAUAAUAAUAAAAAUAUUAGUACUGUUGAUGUUAAUGAUAAUAACAGAGACAACGAAGAACAAUCUUUGUAAAUUGAUAUGAAAACGCACAUGUUUGCCACCAAAAUUUGUAUGCAUUUGAAGAAAUUUUUUAUGAGAAGAGAAGACUAUCACGCGAUGGCCUUUAAUUUUUUAAACAAGUGAAUGUGCCUUUUAAAUUGUUAUUGAUAAGCACAAGCUUAUUAGUAUUUACAAAUUGUUUAUUUAUUAUAAUACAAAUAAAGUUUUAUUUAAGUAA